CACCAUGGAGGAGGAGAACAGUGUCCCGCUACUGCUCAAGAGCGGCAGUGAGGUGGAAGAAGGGUUGGGGCGGCGGCUGCUGGAGGAGAACAAGAAGCUAUGGGUGGUGGCGGGGCCGUCCAUCUGCACGCGCUUCUCCUCCUUCGGCCUCACCGUCAUCAGCCAGGCCUUCAUCGGCCACAUCGGCCCCACCGAGCUCGCCGCCUUCGCGCUCGUCUCCACCGUCCUCAUGCGCUUCAGCAACGGAAUCCUGCUGGGCAUGGCGAGCGCGCUGGAGACGCUGUGCGGGCAGUCGUAUGGCGCAAAACAGUACCACACGAUGGGCAUCCACCUGCAACGUUCCUGGAUCAUCCUUAAUGGCUGCGCCGUGCUAACUCUUCCCCUCUACCUUUUCACCGGGCCGCUCCUCACCUUCAUCGGCCAGGAUCCUUCCAUCUGUGCCGUCGCCGGGACCAUCUCUCUCUGGUUCAUCCCCGUAAUGUUCUCCUACGUCUUGAGCUUCACGCUCCAGAUGUACCUGCAGGCGCAGGGCAAGAACGCCAUCAUCACCUACCUCGCCGUCGCCAACCUCGCCUUGCAUCUCUCCCUGUCAUGGCUCUUGACCGCCAAGUACCACCUAGGACUUGAAGGGGUCAUGACCUCCAUGAUCAUCGCCAUGUGGUUUCCCGCGCUUGUGCAACUCGCAUUCGUCCUCUUCGGUGGCUGCCCAGUGACAUGGACAGGAUUCUCGUCGGCCGCCUUUGCCGACCUUGCACCCAUGAUCAAGCUCUCUGUAUCCUCUGGUAUCAUGCUCUGCCUGGAAAUGUGGUACAACACUAUAUUGGUGCUCCUAACCGGGUACAUGAAGAAUGCAGAGAUUGCACUUGACGCUCUUUCAAUCUGCCUUAACAUCAACGGUUGGGAGAUGAUGAUUUCUAUCGGAUUUUUCUCCGCAACAGCAGUGCGUGUGGGAAAUGAGCUCGGAGCGGGAAGUGCAAGAAGGACCAAGUUCGCUAUCUUGAAUGUCGUCACCACUUCUUUCACAAUAGGCGUUGUGUUGUUCGUGUUCUUCCUCUUUUUCCGUGGAAAACUUUCCUACAUAUUUACCGAGAGUGAAGAGGUAGCUGCCGCAGUUGCUGACCUAUCGCCUCUGCUGGCCUUCUCCAUCUUGCUGAACAGUGUUCAACCAGUAUUAUCAGGUGUUGCUGUUGGUGCGGGUUGGCAAAGGAUAGUUGCGUAUGUUAACAUCACAACAUAUUACUUCAUUGGCAUUCCUAUUGGAGCAAUCCUGGGUUAUGUCCUUGGAUAUCAUGUGAAGGGUAUUUGGGUUGGCAUGCUGCUCGGAACACUAGUCCAAACUAUUGUGCUUUUGUUCAUAACAAGUAGAACGGAUUGGGAUAAACAGGUGGAGGCUGCUCGGGAGAGAUUGAAUAGAUGGAACAAGGAUGGUUCCAAGCCCUAAGCUCGUUCUUCAGUUCACGAGGUUAAAUUCAUGGGUGCUGUAUGCGCGUACAUUGGUUUGACGUCCUAUGUAUUUAUCAUGGGAGAUUGGGAGCACUAGUAUGGAUCAGGUCAUUUAA